CUAUUUUACAACGAUGGAGUCUCAUCUAGUAGGAUCUAAUAGGUUUUGGUAUGGUACGGUUGCCUGAGACCAAAAACUUGAGAUAACCACGACAUGGACAUCGAUGGCGGAAAAUGAAAAGAACAGAAUGGCAGCAGAUAAUUACUAUUCCAAGGAUUUCGAGUGGGAGGAGCUCAAGCACGACGUUGAGAACGAUCCGUCUCUUCUCUAUCACUGGGUGCCUUACGCUAACCCCACCAUUGGAGCCCAGGAUCUUGACGCUGCUGCUUUUUGUCACUCCUCUUCUUUGCCGAAAGAAGAUUCUGAAGCUUGGAAUAAGUUCCAUACCCGUCACUCCACAGGAAGAUUUUUUAAGGAGAGGCGCUAUUUGCUCAAAGAAUUUCCUGAGUUAGCCUCUUGCAAUAAGUACUCUAUAGGCUUGGAGGUGGGGUGUGGGAAUGGCAGCACUGUUCUCCCAAUUUUACGUGGAAACGAGAGCAUAUUUAUUUUUGCAUGUGACAGUAGCUGUGAAGCUGUUGAAAGGACUAAAGAAAAUAUCAAUGCUGCUAAUUUGGCAUCAGCCAAACAUCGGUUCAACCUGUUCCAAUGUGAUUUUUCUUCAAGCAAUUUUCCUCAGUGGCUGAUCUGUAAUUCUUGCCGGGAAAAUUCCAUAUCCAAACGAUGUGAUUGGCCUUCAGAUUCAAAUAGUGACAGCAAGAGAUUUUCCCCAGAUCCGCAGUGCUUCGUGGGAAAUUCGUGUUGCAUUGGUGGUGUAGAUUUUCUUACUUUAAUAUUUACUUUAUCGGCCCUGCCAUUACAUAGGAUGCAAAUAGCAAUCCGUGAGUGUUUUUAUGCUCUGAGGCCGGGAGGGUUGCUGUUAUUCAGGGAUUAUGGCCUCUAUGAUAUGACCAUGCUUCGGUUUGAGCAAGAACAAAGAGUAGGAUUCAGGGAAUAUUUACGGUCUGAUGGAACACGGUCUUAUUUCUUCUGUCUGGACAGUGUCAGGGAUUUAUUUUGCAGUGUAGGCUUCAUCAAGAUUGAGCUCGAAUAUUGUUGUGUUAAGACACUGAAUCGACGGAAUGGUAAGACCAUGAAGAGAGUGUGGGUUCAUGGGAAGUUUCAAAGGCCAUAAUUCGGAUUCUUAUUCUGAUGCACUUCAGCCAUCAAUGUUGUAGUAAAACUGAAGUUGCAUGGUCUAAGAAGGCAAUAAGGCUAGGUGAAUAUUUACUUCUUCCUAGGCCCUAGCUGCGUCCCACAAAUAACUUCUCUUUUAACUUGGUACGAGAAGUUAUUGUGUGAACUGUGAACGGAAAUUUUGCAAAGAGAAAUUAAGUCAACCAUAUAUACUGGAGUAUAUUCUACUGUGUAUAUUGAGCCGGACAAAUAAAGGAUGGCAAAGAGAUCUGAAUUUUUACCAUUCGUUACAAAUGUAUUUCAAGAACGUCUCUGUAGCCCUAUUUUGUUAAGAAGGUGAUACUAAUAUUAGCACCACCCUUCCAUAGCUUUAGAUAAGCAAUACUUAAUCUGUUAAUCAGUUACAGUUAGCCCAUUUUUUGUUUGGGUUGCAUUUUUUUUUCUAACCUGAGCAUUUUUGUGUGUAAUCCCAACAUCCUAGCAGACAAGCCCAGCAUUGUAUUUUUACUCCACUUUUGCUUAACCAG